AUCAAAACUAACCAGGGCUACAACUUAGUGAGACGCUGACUCAAAACUCAGAAACACCACACGGUAAACGAAGGGGGGCAGAUUGGGCGGCCGUGGAUCUGGGCCGUCUGCGGGCAAACAGCAAGCUGUCUGGCAGGCCAGUAGACGAGACGGCGACGCGAGAAGAAACAGGGGAGGAAAAAAGAGGGGAAAGAAGAGAGGAGGUAACAGGGCCCGCUCUCCAGGCGAGGCGCCAGCGAGAGGCCCAGACCCGCGGGGGCGCACGUGGCCUAGGCGGGCGCAGCAGUCGCGGUGGGGCGCCGAGACCCAGCAGCGGCGGAGACCGGCUGGGGGUGCUCGGAGCGCGGCUGUAGGGCCUUGAAGGCCGGACUGGGCGUCUUCGGUUCGUCCGGGCCGCAGACACCUCCGAGUCCCGGCUCCCCCUCCCGGGCGGUUAGGGACAGAAGUCCAGGCCUCCAGCCUCUCCCCCUGGGGGCGGGGCCAGGCGUACGAGCCAAUGAAUGACCGCCCCUGGGGCCCCGCCCCGCCCCCGCCUCCGGAGCCGCGGCCUUCGCCGAGCACCCAACCGCCCCUCGCCCAGGCCCGGGGCCGCACGAGCGCCGAACCUCGGGCUGCGCCCCGCCUCAGGACACCAAGAUGCCUGGAGAACAGCAGGCAGAGGAGGAGGAGGAGGAAGAGAUGCAGGAGGAGAUGGUGCUGCUGGUGAAGGGUGAGGAGGAGGAGGGUGAGGAGAAGUAUGAGGUGGUGAAACUCAAGAUCCCUGUGGACAACAAGGAGGUUGCCAGCCAGAUGCCAGCGCCGUCGGUCGACCCGGCACGGCCCCACGCGUGCCCAGACUGCGGCCGCGCCUUUGCGCGCCGCUCCACACUAGCCAAACAUGCGCGCACGCACACGGGCGAGCGUCCCUUCGCGUGCACGGAGUGCGGCCGGUGCUUCUCGCAGAAGUCGGCGCUGACUAAGCACGGCCGCACGCACACGGGCGAACGACCCUACCAGUGCCCGGAGUGCGACAAGCGCUUCUCUGCCGCCUCGAACCUGCGGCAGCACCGGCGGCGUCACACGGGAGAGAAACCGUACGCAUGCGCACACUGCGGCCGGCGCUUUGCGCAGAGCUCCAAUUACGCGCAGCAUUUGCGCGUGCACACGGGCGAGAAGCCUUACGCGUGCCCGGACUGCGGACGAGCCUUCGGCGGAAGUUCGUGCCUGGCGCGCCACCGACGCACGCACACGGGCGAGCGCCCGUACGCAUGCGCCGACUGCGGCACGCGCUUCGCUCAGAGCUCGGCGCUGGCCAAGCACCGGCGCGUGCACACGGGCGAGAAGCCGCAUCGCUGCGCCGUGUGCGGCCGGCGCUUCGGCCACCGUUCCAACCUGGCGGAGCAUGCGCGCACGCAUACGGGCGAGCGGCCCUACCCGUGCACGGAGUGCGGCCGGCGCUUCCGCCUCAGCUCACACUUCAUCCGCCACCGUCGCGCGCACAUGCGGCGCCGCCUCUACAUCUGCGCGGGCUGCGGCCGAGACUUCAAGCUACCCGCCAGUGCCACAGCCGCCACGCCCACCGAGCGCUGCCCGGAGUGCGAGGGCAGCUGAGCCACGGCGGGGCAGCGAGGGCCACUUGGGAUUUGCACCCGAAUGGCUGCUUCCACGCUUGCACCUGGGUCGGUGUGCUGCUUUGGGACUGGGCAACAGGGAGUGACCUUUUGGGAUCCCUAGAAACCGUGUCCCGUCACCAACUACAUUCCCUUGGCCCUUCUCAGUGAAUAAAGUAUUCUAUCCUCACUUCA